UUAUCAUAUUACUCUUUUUGUCACCAUAUGUUGCUGGCAAUCCAGCUCACACCACCCUGGCUAGAUUUCAUCCCAACUGUUCUCCACAACCCAUCACCCAAUCUGUCAUCAACUCAUCAAAUCCACUUUCAAUUUCUUCUUCAUAAACCCUAAUUUCACACGGGUUUGAAAAUUUUUCUUCUUGUUCAUCUAUGCUCUGUUUUUCAUCAUCUUAUUUUUCCCCAAUUUUCCUACUUAUAAUCACUCAAUCGUUUAAACUCUUAAUCUGUAACUCCCAUCAAUUUGCACUUAAAAACCCCAAUUUCACUUGGGUUUUUGAAAAUUAAACUUCUUGUUCAUCUGUGCUCUGUUUUUUCUCUGUUUUCAUCUUAUUAUUAUUCCCAAAUUUCCCCACUGAUAGUCACUCAAUCGUUCAUGGGUAUUCCAUAAAUCGGACCCUAGAUCUAUAAAUUUUACAAAUUCGUGUUCAAAAACCCCAAUUUCAAAUGGGUUUUGGAAAAUUUAACUUCUUGUUCAUCUGUGCUCUGUUUUUGCUCUGUUUUAUUUCAUCUUAUUAUUCCCAAUUUACCCCUGCUGACAGUUACUCAAUCAAUUGCGGAUCUCCAACAAACACAACAAUCGGUAAUCGUGUUUUUGUCUCAGACAAUUUAGCUUCAAGUUAUCUUUCAACUCCACAAAAUGUUUUAGUCGAUACAUCUGCAAAUUCGAUUCCUGUAUCCGAAUAUUCCCAGUUGUACUCAACAGCAAGAAUCUUUUCCCAAACGUCGUCGUAUAGUUUUAAAAUCAGUCAACCGGGUCGGGUUUGGAUCCGACUGUAUUUCUACCCGUUUUCCGCCAGUAAUUAUGAUUUGAAGUCCGCAAAGUUUUCGGUUUCGACCCGUGAUCAUGCUCUGUUAUCGGAGUUCAGCUCCGGUGACCGUUUGGUUAAGGAAUAUUCCGUUAAUGUUACUUCGGGUGAUCUCGAAAUCAUGUUUACGCCUUCGGGGAAUUCAUUCGCGUUCUUGAAUGGAUUGGAAGUUGUUUCGGUGCCCGAUAUGUUGAUCGGGGACGUUGCGGCUUCGGUGGACCAUCCGGCGAGUUUCCGAGGGUUGUUGGGUCAGGCGUUGGAGACGGUGGCUCGGGUUAAUGUCGGUGGUCCGACGGUUACGUCGAGAAACGACUCGUUGUCGAGAACUUGGGUUCCCGACUCGGGUUUUUUAAAAAACCCGGGUUUGGUUUCGAACGUGUCUAAUGUUAACUCGGUUAGGUAUCCUCCCGGCGGUGCCACACCGGAUGAUGCUCCGCGAAGCGUUUAUGGCACCACCGUGAGGAUGGCUUCCGAAACGAACCCGAAAAGUAACUUUAAUGUUACUUGGGAGUUUCGGGUGGACCAGGGGUUUCGGUAUCUUAUUCGGCUUCACUUUUGCGAUAUCGUGAGUUCGGCCCCGAACCAGCUUUACUUCAACGUUUACAUAGAUGAUUCGGUUGUGUUGCCGGAUUUCGAUCUGUCUACGAUUUUCGGGGGGUUUUUAGCGACAGCGUAUUUCUCGGAUUUCGUUACUCCGUCGAUGAACAUUGAUCGAAUUCGUAUCAGCGUUGGCCCGUCGGGUUUACCAAAAGUUUACCCGAAUGCUAUUUUAAACGGUGUCGAGAUUAUGAAGAUGAAUAACUCGGAUGGGAGUCUUUCGGGGAAAGACAUCGUUGUGUCGAGCAAAACCUCGAAAAGCAAAGUGGGCGUGAUUGUGGGGGUGGUUGUUGGUGCGGUUGUUGUGUUGUUACUAAUUUUUGUUCUGUUCUUUGUGUAUAAACGAAGAACAGAACAAAAACGACUAAACCAGUCGAAGAUAUGGAUUCCAUUAUCGACGAACGGGCUUUCUUUAACGAUGGGAAGCAAGUUUUCUAACGGGACGACGAUCACUUCAGGCUCUAAUUAUAGCUACCGGUGUCCAUUUCCAGCUAUUCAAGAAGCUACGAACAAUUUCGAUGAAAGCGGGGUGAUCGGAAUCGGUGGUUUCGGUAAAGUUUACAAAGGGGUGUUAAGCGACGGUACGAAAGUGGCGGUUAAAAGAGGCAACCCGCAAUCCCAACAAGGUUUAGCAGAGUUCCAAACCGAAAUCGAGAUGCUUUCUCAGUUUCGUCACAAACAUUUAGUGUCGCUAAUCGGUUAUUGCGACGAGAAAAACGAAAUGAUUUUGAUAUACGAAUACAUGGAAAAAGGGACGUUGAAAAGUCAUCUGUACGGGUCGAACUACCCGAGCAUGAGCUGGAAGGAACGAGUCGAGAUUUGCAUCGGUGCAGCCCGCGGGCUGCAUUAUCUUCACACGGGUUAUUCAAAAGCGGUUAUCCAUCGAGACGUGAAAUCGGCUAACAUAUUACUCGAUGAGAAUCUCAUGGCUAAAGUAGCUGAUUUCGGGUUGUCGAAAGCUGGGCCUGAGAUUGACCAAACUCACGUGAGUACCGCGGUUAAAGGGAGCUUUGGGUACUUAGAUCCCGAAUACUUUAGACGACAACAGUUGACUGAAAAAUCAGAUGUCUACUCAUUCGGGGUCGUUUUAUUCGAAGUGUUAUGUGCUCGACCAGUAAUCGACCCGUCCCUACCUCGGGAAAUGGUGAAUUUAGCUGAAUGGGCGAUGAAAUGGCAGAAAAAGGGUCAACUGGAUCAUAUAAUCGACGGUUCUUUAAACGGGAAAAUCCAACCCGAUUCGCUUAGAAAGUUUGGUGAAACCGCGGAGAAAUGCUUGAGUGAUUUCGGGGUCGAUCGGCCUUCGAUGGGCGAUGUUUUAUGGAAUCUUGAAUAUGUUCUUCAACUUCAAGAAGCGGUUUUACAGAAUGACACAAACGGAAACAGUACGAAUGUGAUCGGUGAAUUAUCUCCGCAAAUCCAUGGUUUUAACAAUUCCGGUGAUGAGAACCUGGACACGAAUUCGAACACGAACGUCGGGCAGUUUGAAAUGUCGAGCGGGGAUGAUGUUUCGGGUGUUUCGAUGAGUAAGGUUUUCUCACAGUUGGGUAAAUCAGAGGGUAGAUGAAGGGGGACAAUUCUGGGGGUUUUAAGGAUGAGGAUUUUGUUUCAUGUAUAGUUUGUAAAACUUGUGUUUUUUGCUUUGAUAAAGAUGUAGUAAGUUAUUUGAUUAUUUUUUAUUAUAAAGAAAUGAUAUGUUAAUACAAAAAUUAGUUUAAAGUA